AUUAAUCAUUCAACUCUGUACCUAAUUAGACUACAAUUGAGAGGGAACACAUACAAAGGAUUAAUUCAAACAUGACAAUGAGAUUCUUCCUUGUAGCUUCUAUGGUAGUGUUCUGUAUCCUUGAGAUUAGUGAAGGAGGCAGUCUUAGUAAAAAUUUCUAUAAGAAGUCCUGUCCUCAAGCCGAGCAGAUUAUUCUGACCAAAACCCAAGAACAUGUCUCUUCAAGGCCAGAGCUACCAGCCAAGUUGCUAAGAUUGCAUUUUCAUGACUGUUUUGUUAGGGGGUGUGAUGGAUCGGUUUUGUUGGAGUCCACAAGCAAUAACACUGCAGAAAAAGAUUCAUUUCCUAAUUUGUCAUUAGCAGGUUUUGAUGUGAUAGAUGACAUAAAAAUAGCCGUGGAGGAAAAAUGUCCCGGAAUUGUAUCAUGUGCUGACAUACUAGCAUUGGCGACUAGAGACGCCGUUUCUAUCCAAUUUAAGAAUAAGAAAUUGUGGGAAGUGCUUACGGGUAGAAGAGAUGGAACUGUGUCCAAAAGCGAUGAAGUUCUCCUCAGUCUCCCAGCACCUUUCCAUAACAUCACCGUGCUCAGGCAACUCUUUGCUAAUAAAAAGCUUACUCUUCAUGACUUGGUUGUAUUAUCAGGAGCACACACUCUUGGAAUAGGACAUUGCAACGUGUUUAGCAACAGGCUUUACAACUUCACUGGAAAAGGUGAUCAAGAUCCUUCUCUAAAUCCAACUUAUGCCGAUUCUUUGAAGCAAACGUGUCAAAGCCUAAGUGACACAACCACAACGGUUGAGAUGGAUCCUAGUAGCUCAACAGACUUUGAUAGUGAUUAUUAUCCUGUCCUUCUCCAGAACAAGGGUUUGUUUCAAUCAGAUGCUGCUCUUGUAACAACUAAGCAAUCCAAAAACAUUGUUAAGCAAUUGGUUUCACAAAAUAAAUUCUUCACUGAGUUUGCACAAUCAAUGAAGAGAAUGGGAGCUAUUGAGGUUCUUUCGGGUUCGGAUGGGGAAAUUAGGAGGAAGUGCUCUGUUGUUAAUUAACAACUAUUUCACUUUUCUCAUUUUUAUUUAUUUACAUUUUCUAUUGUUUUUGUUGUGAAGUUGUAAUAAAGUUGCAAAUGUUGUUUUUGAGAUUCUUCGGUAUUCAAAUUCAAGUAAAAUUAAUGUCUUGAGUUAUGAUGUCUGUUUUUGCUGUUUCAUUAUUCAUUUAGCACCGUUCUGGUGUGUA